CCAGCAUGGCAACAGGAAAUGCCUCAAGGACGACCGGGCGGUGUGGCGAUGGAUGCUGGUGCCCGGAAACUUGUUGUGUGUAACAAAGCAGCCAACAUCUACAGCCAUCUGUCGUACCAAUGAUGGUGUGGGUGGCUGCAGGAGCUGCCAAGACUGAUAUCGUCUAAAGACACCUGCUCUUGGGCAGAAUCAAGGGUCUCGCAUGGCCUUUGAUCGACGGUCAAGAAGUGGCUUGACACGAGACAUUCUAGAUAGCUGUCAUUUGACUUCUGGAUGGCAUGUGGGUGACACUUGAUAGACGGCGUCGAUCUAUCUGGUUGCUCGUCUUACCCGGCCGAGUGUUGAAGUGCAACACUCGCGUCAGGAACACCGCUGUGUCGAACUGAACUGAAGAGCAAGUAUUGAAUGCAUGGGAGCUAGUAGGCGAAUUCAUGCUGAAUAUUCACUACUACCUACAGAUACAAUAUCGUGGUGUCCCGCUGCACUGGAAAAGGCGGAGUGAUGUGAGUGACGGGGGGCUGAGAAAAGUGUGGGGUUCUCCCCCACGUCCCUUCCUCCCCGGGCUCUUCCUUCCGUGUCCUGUCCGACUUCAGCCGACUGCUGUUUCCUCAACAACAGCCUCGCGACUUCCCAAACGGUGUCUCCAUCACCGAUCCAAAUCAUAAAUAGGCACAUCAUCUGACCGGUACGUAACCACCCCGCCAAGUCAACUGACGAUGACAAUGUCGGAGGGGUUGCACGAGAGAGCUCGGCGGGAGGGCUAGAGGUCAGAACCGAAUCGUCCUGAAAUUAUAUCAGGGCUGUGCCUCAUCUUCGGUACUCAGCAGGGACCCUGGCAGAUACACGCCCCCAUCCCGCGUUGAGCAAGGUGCAGACGAUGGAACCCAUGCCAGAACAGGGCCAGCCAAACAGAGGCUUGUAUUCCUUAUCUCUAGCCAUCAGUCAGCCAAUGAAACAAACCACCAUCUCCAGUCAACUCCCUUCUUGAUAUCAGCAUCACUGUGGGGAGACAUGCCCACCUGCGUAGCACACAAGUAAGAAGAGACCUGGGAGUAGUGGCCGUUAAGUACAUAUGAUGUACAUGGAGUACAACUUGAGACAUUUCAUGACGCCGAGCAUUGCCUUGCUGUAAUUAUAGUGUGUGGUGAGCCGGGUCGACGAACCGGAGAUGUUAAGACGCCUCACCUCACACUACCUGCGGCCGCCCCUCCGUCCAGUUGCUCCUUCCAUCUGUGCUUUUUUUCUCAACAAUCCGGCGGCGAACUCGGGUACCCCUCUAGGUUUCUUUGAACACCUGUCCCCAGAAAGGAGCGAUUUCUUCAGUAAAUAAUACUUUUGUAUUGUGCUUCUUCAUCACACAACUACCACCGGCAGCAUCAACAGCACAGUAACACCAUAUCCGGGCCAUGACAACGACUCCAAACCGACGUCACAGCACCAUGUGGUGGGACGACGACACCAUUGAACGCACAGUCACACGCAUGUUUGUGUGUAGCCAUCUUAUUCCUGAGGAAAUCGAGCGACUCGACCGCACCCUGGGCUUUGGCGAUGGCUUGACCGAUGGGACUUAUUGGGAGUGGAUCGAGCAAAAGGCCAAGAGGAUUUUCCUCAUUCUUGUUGAGCUCAAAGUCCCUGACCAGAUCUUCGGCGUGAUUGACGACUCGUGGGACGACGAGGACCUGCCUAUUGCUCGGGACCAAGUUGAGCGACUCGCCCUGACCCCUACCAGAGACAGCAGGCUGGAACAGGAAUUCUACGAAAAGCAGUUUUACUAUCUACUUCGACCUCUGCGCAAGGGUGAGCAUGUCAUCUACCAAGAUAGCGAGGUGGUUCCGCUGGAGGUGGUCGAAAAGAAGCACGCCCCCGGCCAGACCCCUUUCUUCGACAAGGUCAUGCUUCCAGGCUACCCAGGAACCGUGUUCUGUCGUGUGAAGAUGCCGAUUGGCGGCGGCUACUCGAGCCCGGAAGACUUUCUGUUCGACGUGAACGGCAUUCGCAACGUCCAGAACGACCAUCUCGCUUCUUACUGGGCGUCCUAUGUUCAACAAGGCUAUGGCUAUGCCCUCUUCACCAAUGCGGCCGACUACACUCUCAAGGGCCUCCUCACCACAACGCCAGCAUGCUUCAAGAACAUGGAGAAAAAGGCACGACGGCGACAGGUUAUGGAAUGGAUCCACUGUCUCAUUGACACGGUGUGUUUCCUUCACAACAGAGGCCUAUCUCACGGCAACAUCAAGCCUUCCACAGUCUUGUUUGCCAGCGAGAACCAUAUCUUCCUUUCAGACUUGCUUGGUUACACUGGACUGGACAGAAACUCGUUCGAUAAAGAGUCAUAUGACUACGCGGCGCCGGAGCAGUGGUUUAAACCGAGCUCACCAUCGUCAACUUCGUUUCACCGCCGAGGAACCGUGACAUCCACGACAGCUUCACCUGAAAGCCCCAACUAUAUCACCAGCCGUUCCACCCCCGAUUCCAGCCAGCACCCGAUGGCCAUGAUGCAUGCACCCACGCCUCACCUGAGUCCCCAAGCGGCAGACAUCUUUUCCCUCGGUUGCAUAAUUCUGGACCUCCUCAGCUUCCUGGUAAAGAAGCACGGAAGACCGUUCGCAACACAUCGGGCCGCAAAGCACAAGACCCCUAGCAGGGGCGGUGCUGUCCCUGACUCGUCGUUUCAUCGGAACCUAUCUCAGGUCGAGAGCUGGAUGACCCUACUGGUCAAGGAAGCCCAGAAAAAGGAGAAGGACGACGACAUAUUCAAAGGCAUCGCCCCUAUGCUUCAUAUUGUUGAGCACAUGCUUUCCUCUCAUCCUACCGACCGCCCUGACGCCCAAGACUUACAGACGAGAAUGUACAAGAUUUUAACGGAUCAUUGCGGGAUUUUGGAGCCGCACUGUGUACAUCAGUAUGACAACGGCUGGGACUUUGGCAUGGCAAGCCUGAAGCUUGACACCACUGGUAAUAGACGAGCCAGUGGUGGCUCAGGACGUCACCACCCACGGAACAGCAUUGGAAGCAGGGGAAGCGGACGAAGCUCAGGUUCUGUUCAGGACCUGCAGGGCCAGGAAACCUUUCUAGUCCCUCGGCUCUCCAGGUCAAGGAGCUCUAGAGGACCUCCUUCCGUUGCAUCGAGCCGGGCUCCCCUUUUCGCUGCACCAAGAGAGGGUUGGAAAGGCCCAAUGACGUUUUGGCAAACGGAUUCGCGAAUGAUGGCCACUAGGUAGAGAAGCAACAUCUGCCCUAUUUCUUCGUUUGUUCAUUCAUGGGAUGGGGAGUUGGCGAAAACCUAUGGGACCACAGGUCAUUGCUUUUGUGAGAUCUCUUUGCAUUCAGAGUCAACUGAAUUUCUUUUGUUUUGAUGAUUUCUUUGGGAAACACAGUGUCAUGAUGUUAAGAGAGGACGGGAGAAAUGUGCAUAUAAAUGGUGCAUAUGUCGGAAUACAUAAGGCUGGCGUUGUUUGGGAAGUGUAAGCAUCGAUACCCGGUGGAAUUUAGCUGCCAUGUUUUCUAGCAAGAUCUCAUAUCUCUUUUCGAGAUUGUUGUUGGGAUAAUUCAUGAUGCCGUCUUGAUCACGGUAAGUGGCUCGAAGAAGUUGUUCAUUUGUAGUCUGAUAUGCCUAUGAUGUAUGCUCC